UGGGGAUUAAGAGGAGAACCACGUACACGAGGAUAAGUAGGAGAAUUCCAGACGGAAAGACUGAUAAUUAGUAUAAGAAGCAGAGAUAGGGAAGAAUAAGCUAUAAAUGCCGUUUCUCUAUUUAUAGUGAAACACAGUUUCGUUUAUUCACCUACCACGCAAUACAUAAAAGAAAGAGGUAUUAUAAAACGGCAUUUUGCUGACCAAAACGAUGGACAAGCUACGUUUUGAAAUUGGGGUAAAAGCAGGUCAAGAUCUAAAAUCGAACAUCUAUGCCAUAACCUCAAUUGGGACGCCACGUGGAGAGGUUUAUGGCGUUUCAGAAGAGCACCAAGCUGCGGCAUAUCACACAGAACUGAUAAAAACAGAAGCUUUUAAAAGAGCAAAAGCCACUCUCAAAUUGAGACAUCAAUCUAGGAAGAUUUGGAUAAAAUUAGAUAAAGAAUUAAGGAAGUUCUACAUGGAUGAAGAGGAAAACAUAAUAUUAUGGGAUUAUUAUUUAGAAGAAAUUACAAGUAAGUCACAACCUAUAAGUAAUUUAACAGAAGAUACAUUAUCAAGGAUCUUGGGAGCUGUCUUCAAAAAGGACGAGGAACACAAGCCACAAAGUGGGCGACAUAAUUUAAAGAAUGUAACAGAAAAAUUUAUCAUUGAGAAGUUUACAGGCAAGAAUGCUAAUGGAAUUCAAUGGUUAGAUACAUUUGAAAAAGAAUGCAAUCGUUUAGGCAUACAAAAGGAUGAAGAAAAGAUCGAGAUUUUUAGACUAUUUUUAGAAGGCUCUUGUUUAGAUUGGUACAGUUCGAUGCUUAUAAAACAUUCACUGGCAUCACAAUGGGAGACUUGGAAAGAUAAUUUCUGCGAAACUUAUGCAGACAAAGGUUGGUCUCCGGUUAAGUAUGCAAUUCUAUAUAGAUAUAUAAAUGGCUCAUUAUUAGAUUACGCUUUAAAGAAAGAAAGGAUUUUAUUGGAGAUGAAUAAAUCAAUUGAUAAAUGUACUCUGAUCGACCUCAUAGCAGUAGGAUUACCAGACUUUAUAAUGGACAAAAUUGACAGAAAGAAAUUAAAAGAUACUGAAGAUCUUUUCAAUGGAUUACGAAGCCUGGAACAUAUGGCAAAAAAGAAAAAUACAGAAAUUAGAACUAUGAAUAAAUACACCAAAGAAGAUCCAAAGAAAAAACAACAAAAAAGAGCAUGUAGAAUUUGUGAAAAAGAAGGAAAAAUGAAUCGCUUUCAUCCGGAAUCCUCAUGCUGGUUCAAAGGAAAUGAAAAUAUCGGUAGAGAAAAAAACCAAAUUAAGUUUGUAAAUAACGCAGAAAUAGAGACUGAACUAUCUGACGAGGAACAAAAAAACUUGUAGUUCCGCCAUUAAUCAAGGUCAAAGUGCUAUUGCAAGAUAACGUAGAAAUUAGGGGAAUAUAUGACUCAGGUUCAAACGUUUCCUUAAUAAAUUCAAAAUUAUUAAGACUGAAAAGAGGAAAAAUAGAUAGUGUGCAAGGAGCAAAUCUAAUGACGAUUAAUGGUGUGAAAAGAACUAAAGGGAUGGUGUCAAUAAAGAUAAAAAUCUUUAAUAUAGAAAAAACUGUAGAUAUAUUUGUAAUCGAUAAAGAUAAAUUUGAAUAUUAUUUUUUGAUUGGACUGGAUAUAAUAAAGAAAUUCCAAUUAAUACAGGAUGAAAAUUUAGAGAUCAAACAAAAAAUAUAUAAGAAUAUCACAAAAAAAAACUUAGAAGAAAACAAAGAUAACAAAACUACAGAUAAGUAUAUAAUAAAUUUUAACGAACAUAUAAAUAUAUCAAAUUUUAGAAUUUCGAUAGAUCUUCUAGACUAUAAAAGAAAAACAGAGAUAAACAAAUUAAUACAAAAGUAUAGUGCAAUAUUUGCCAAAGAUAAAUAUGAUGUAGGGAUGGUGGAAAAUUAUGAGGCUAGAAUCGACCUACUAAUGGACAAAUUCUGUAGCAAGAGACCAUAUAAAUGUAGCAUAGAAGAUAAAAAAGAGAUAGAAGCACAAGUUGCAAAAUUAUUAAAAACGAAUCUAAUAGAAGAAUCAUACAGCCCCUUCGCGGCCCCAGUAACGCUAGCGUACAAAAGAGAAGAAAAUAAAAAAACAAGAUUGUGUUGUGAUUUUAGAGACUUAAAUAAAAUUGUCAUACCACAAUCACAACCCUUUCCGCUAAUAGAAGAUUUAAUGGUGAAAGCUAGAAAUUGCAAAUUCUUUUCAACAUUUGACGUUAAUUCAGCGUUCUGGGCGAUCCCGUUACGAAUAAAAGAUAGAAAGAUAACAGCGUUUGUCACGCCAGAAGGACACUUUCAAUGGACGUGUCUACCAUUUGGACUAAAAACAUCGCCAGCAAUAUUCCAAAGAAUAUUAAGUAACAUAAUCAGAAAACACAGACUUACAGAUUUUACAGUAAAUUAUAUAGACGACAUACAGUGAAAACUCGAUAAAUGUCGCUACUCCGGGUCCGGUCAGCAACAUUUACGGAA